UAUUGUCUACUAAGAAAAUUUGUACUUUAAAACCUUGAGUCCUUGUCCAGAAUUGAUCAUUCUCACUUACAUUUCUAGUCAUACACUAACAAAAUGCUUAUUUCACCUUAUCUUAUCCAUAUUUUGCUCUGCAUAUUUCUCUUCCUUUCUAGCAGUACUGAUGGAACACAAGUCAUUUUGGUGAACAACUGCAAGGAAAGCAUAUGGCCCGGGAUUCAGGGCGGUGCAGGGCAGACUACACUAAAAGAUGGCGGGUUUCACCUCAACAGUGGCGAGCAAAUAGUCCUCGACAUGCCUGACAAGUGGUCGGGGAGGAUAUGGGGAAGACAGAACUGCCAUUUUGACGAAAAUGGUAAAGGAAAAUGUGAUACUGGCAAUUGUGGUGACCAGUUACAGUGCCAGGGGCUAGGAGGUGAGCCCCCGGCUACUGUAGUGGAAAUGACACUAGGCUCAUCGACUUCGCCCUUACAUUUCUACGAUGUAAGCUUAGUCGAUGGAUUCAACUUGCCAGUAUCGAUGAAGCCUGUGGGAGGGGGCGUUGGAUGUGGGGUCGCACAGUGUGAAGUUGAUUUAAACGUAUGUUGUCCGUCAGCACUGGAAGUGAAGUCCGGAGAUAAGGUUGUCGGGUGUAAGAGUGCUUGUUUGGCUAUACAAUCACCAAAGUACUGCUGCACAGGACAAUAUGCAGAUCCUAAAACUUGCAAGCCAACUGUUUUUGCACAUCUAUUUAAGGCUAUUUGCCCCAAGGCUUAUAGUUAUGCAUUUGAUGAUUCUUCUAGCCUUUACACAUGUAGGGCCCCGCGAUAUCUCGUAACUUUCUGUCCUCCUAAGUGAGAGGUUUAUGUAUUUUCCCCUGCAAUUUAGGAUGUGAUUGAAGAGUCACUUCCAUCCUAUUAAGGGCAGUAUUUUGUCUAGCUUUAUGUUUAUUCAGUUUUAAUGGUAAAAGAAGUUAAAAGGCUCAUGAAGAACAA